GGCCUGCAGCUCAGACCACCCCCCCGCCGGGGGAGGCGCAGGAAGGGGGGGUCCGGCCAGGGACGGGCUGGGGAGGGGGGGCCCGCGCAGCCCCCCUGGGCCAUGCUGACUCCCGGGGCCUGACCCCCCCCCGGGACAGCCCCCCCUCCCCCAGCUCCGCGGCCCGCCGCCGGGGGGCCCAGUGAGUCCCCCUGGGGACCCCCGGAGAGGUGGGGAGCAGCCGGGGGGGCCGGGACGGGCCUGUCGCCGGCCCCCACCGGAGGAACGGGGCGCCUGGCCGUAGGGGGGCCGGCCGGGGCGCCGGGCGGGCUGGGACCAAGGGCACCAUGUCGUCCGGGGCCAAGGAGAGCGGCGGGGGCUCCCCUGCCUACCAUCUCCCGCACCCCCACGCGCACCCCCCGCAGCACGCCCAAUAUGUGGGCCCCUACCGGCUGGAGAAGACGCUGGGCAAGGGGCAGACAGGGCUGGUUAAACUUGGGGUCCACUGCAUCACGGGUCAGAAGGUUGCCAUCAAGAUUGUGAACCGGGAGAAGCUAUCUGAGUCGGUGCUGAUGAAGGUGGAGCGGGAGAUUGCCAUCCUGAAGCUCAUCGAACACCCGCACGUGCUCAAGCUCCACGAUGUCUAUGAAAACAAGAAAUAUUUGUAUCUGGUCCUGGAACACGUCUCUGGCGGGGAGCUCUUCGACUACCUAGUGAAGAAGGGCAGACUGACGCCCAAGGAGGCCCGGAAGUUCUUCCGCCAGAUCGUGUCAGCCCUGGACUUCUGCCACAGCUACUCCAUCUGCCACAGGGACCUGAAGCCCGAGAACCUGCUGCUGGACGAGAAGAACAACAUCCGCAUUGCGGACUUCGGCAUGGCGUCCCUGCAGGUGGGGGACAGCCUCCUGGAGACCAGUUGCGGGUCUCCCCACUACGCAUGUCCAGAGGUGAUCAAGGGGGAAAAGUACGAUGGCCGCCGAGCAGACAUGUGGAGCUGCGGGGUCAUCCUCUUCGCCCUGCUUGUGGGGGCUCUGCCCUUUGAUGACGACAACCUCCGCCAACUGCUGGAGAAGGUGAAGCGGGGCGUCUUCCACAUGCCCCACUUUAUCCCUCCUGACUGCCAGAGCCUACUGCGCGGGAUGAUCGAGGUGGAGCCCGAAAAGAGGCUCAGUCUGGAGCAAAUUCAGAAACAUCCUUGGUACCUGGGCGGAAAGCAUGAGCCGGACCCCUGUUUGGAGCCAGCCCCCGGCCGCAGGGUAGCCAUGCGGAGCCUGCCUUCCAAUGGAGAGCUGGAUCCUGAUGUCCUGGAGAGCAUGGCAUCGCUGGGCUGCUUCAGAGAUCGAGAGAGGCUGCACCGUGAGCUGCGCAGUGAGGAGGAGAACCAAGAAAAGAUGAUCUAUUACCUGCUUUUGGACCGGAAGGAGCGGUAUCCCAGCUGUGAAGACCAGGACCUGCCUCCCCGGAACGAUGUGGACCCACCUCGGAAGCGGGUAGACUCCCCCAUGCUGAGCCGGCACGGGAAACGGCGGCCGGAGCGCAAGUCCAUGGAAGUUCUGAGCAUCACGGACGCUGGGGGUGGUGGCUCCCCGGUGCCCACCCGCCGGGCCUUGGAGAUGGCCCAGCACAGCCAAAGGUCCCGCAGCGUCAGUGGCGCCUCCACCGGCCUAUCCUCCAGCCCUCUAAGCAGCCCAAGGAGUCCGGUGUUUUCCUUCUCGCCCGAACCGGGGGCUGUAGAUGAGGCCCGAGGCGGGGGAUCCCCGACAUCUAAAACACAGACGCUACCUUCUCGAGGCCCCAGAGGCGGGGGCGCCGGGGAGCAGCCCCCGCCCCCCAGCGCCCGCUCCACACCCCUGCCCGGACCCCCAGGCUCCCCGCGCUCCUCUGGAGGGACUCCCUUGCACUCGCCCCUGCACACGCCCCGAGCCAGCCCCACCGGGACUCCGGGGACUACGCCGCCCCCCAGCCCCGGCGGUGGUGUCGGGGGAGCUGCCUGGAGGAGUCGGCUCAACUCCAUCCGCAACAGCUUCCUGGGCUCCCCUCGCUUCCACCGGCGCAAGAUGCAGGUCCCCACCGCGGAGGAGAUGUCCAGUUUGACACCAGAGUCCUCUCCAGAACUGGCCAAACGCUCCUGGUUUGGGAACUUCAUCUCCCUGGACAAAGAAGAACAAAUAUUUCUCGUGCUCAAGGACAAACCGCUCAGCAGCAUCAAAGCGGACAUUGUCCACGCCUUCCUGUCGAUCCCCAGCCUGAGUCACAGUGUGCUGUCACAGACCAGCUUCAGGGCCGAAUACAAAGCCAGUGGCGGCCCCUCCGUCUUCCAGAAACCUGUCCGCUUCCAGGUGGACAUCAGCUCCUCAGAGGGCCCUGAGCCUUCCCCCCGCCGGGACGGCAGCAGUGGAGGCGGCAUCUAUUCCGUCACCUUUACUCUCAUCUCUGGUCCCAGCCGUCGGUUCAAGCGUGUGGUGGAGACCAUCCAGGCACAGCUGCUGAGCACACACGACCAGCCAUCCGUGCAGGCCCUGGCAGACGAGAAGAACGGGGCACAGCCCCGGCCCACUGGCACCCCGCCCCGAAGCCUGCAGCCUCCACCCAGCCGCCCAGACCCUGAGCUGAGCGGCUCUCCCCGCCGAGGCCCGCCCAAGGACAAGAAGCUCCUGGCCACCAACGGGACCCCGCUGCCCUGACCCCAGGGGUCAGGGAAGGACGGGGUCCCUCCAUCCCCCUUCCCUGUCCCCUAACUGUGAAUCUGUAAAUAAGGCCCAAGAAGUACAUUGGGAGGGGGGGGACCCAGAAACUGGCCUGCCCCACAGCGAUUGGACUCCGGGCCAUGCCCAAGGGGGGAGGCGCAGGGGAUGGGGGCAGGGAGCCAUUUCUAUUUUAUUUAUUGAUUAAUUUAUUGUUUUAUUUAUUGAUCAAUCUCUGUGGGUGGGGUGGGGGAGGGACGGGAGCUGGUUGGGGUGGCUUAGCAGAUCCGGACAGGGCCCUGUCCCUGUGUCGUCCCAACUCCCCUUCCUGGGCCCCUCCUCCCCUGCCUCCCACAACCUUCUGUACGGAUUUGCUCUCCCGGAAGGAAUUCUGGUUUCGCGUGAUCCUGCCUGUGUCCAUGUCUCUGAUUCUGCCGGCGGCAACAACAAAAAAAUAAUAAAUAGCCUCGAUCAGGGACAAGCA